GCGGGAGGUAGUACAGGCGGUGGAACGGAGUUAGUAAUCGUACAUUUAAGAUUUAUCCUAUACUCAUUUCUCACUGUAUAGGCAAUUUGUCAUCUAAGUAAACUAGCAACCCUUGAUAAUGAGGACAUUGCACAGUACUAGUAAAGUCCGCAUGCCCAUACCCGAAUCCUUGAAGGUACCAAACCCUCUCCAUCAUUUCGGUCCUCCGCUUCGGAGCAAUCUCCUACCUUCAAGAUUCCCUUCCCUUCGAAGUUUACCGCAGACUCAGAGAGGACCUUUAACCAAAGCGGCCUUAAUGGCAUCUUCUCAGUCAUCAGGCACAUAUGCAGGGGCUGAAGAACCAACCAAGCCAUUUUCAGUUCUCUUUGUCUGCCUAGGAAACAUCUGCAGAAGCCCAGCUGCCGAGGCUGUGUUCAGGGAUUUGGUGAAGAAAAGAAGCCUUGAAUCUAGGUUCUACAUUGAUUCUGCUGGAACUAUCAAUUACCACGAGGGUUCACAAGCAGAUUCAAGAAUGAGGGCUGCAGCUAAAAGGCGUGGAAUUGAAAUAACUUCUAUCUCUAGGCCGAUUAGGCACUCUGAUUUCAAGGAUUUCAAUCUUAUCAUUGCUAUGGAUGAGCACAAUAAGAGCAAUAUACUAGAGGAAUUUAAGAAGUGGAGCAAAAGUGAGGGAUUAUCAGCAGACUCACAUGCGAAGGUUCAAUUAAUGUGUUCUUACUGUGAAAAGCAUAAUGAGACUGAGGUGCCCGACCCGUACUAUGGUGGACCUCAAGGCUUUGAGAAGGUACUAGAUAUACUUGAAGAUGCUUGUAGCACUCUUUUGGAGAAUAUCUUGGCAGGGAAGGCCCAGAAGGGAGAUCCUUAAUUCUUCAUGUCAGCGUUAUAACAAAAUUCUUCAGAGGACCAUACUUGUUUAACGAACUCAAGAAUGGUCCUCCAUUUUGAGAUUAAUGAGUGCAGGGUCUACAUUGAAUUUCAAAAUAGUGGAUACAUUCUGAUUUUGUUGAACCUAUGAGUAAACUGGUGUGUUCGGAUUGCUCCAAAAUUGUGUUAACAAAGUCUACUUUGUUUAGUUUGUUAGGAGUUGAUAUGUCUCCAAAAGAUUCCAACCCCUUUACCCAGAAUUUCUUCAAAAGAAAAAGUUCAGAAUGGAGAUUCUUAGUUAAUCAUGGCAUUUGUCACCCAAAUUAUGGAGUUCUGAUUUUGGAGUUUCUGUAACUGUCAAACACUAGUUUUUUGUGGGAAGUGAUUUAGUGAAACCAGAAAUGGCACUCCAUUUAGAGGUUCAGGAGAGAUUGAUAAGAAUGGCAUGUGCAGAUGGAGCUGUAUUUGAAUUUGCACCACAACACGAAGUGUGUUUCCUGUUGUGAUGAUCCCCUAUUACAAAUUUACAUGUAAAUACAUUUUAAAUAAAGAACGUUCAACUUAUGAACCUUUGCC